AAUCUCGAUCAACCAACCGUAAUUCGACCCAGUUACAUUGACCAAUCAGAGAAGUGCCUGUCUUAGCAAGGUUGUGUGAACGAGCGCGGAAGCCAGCCAUGUUUGCUUCAAAGUAAGAGAUUCAAUUUGUCCCAUUUUGGGUCAAGAUGACAUAUUUAAGAAGCGGAAUGUGGUAAACGUGAAGACUGGCACCGAAACAAUUAGAGGUCUUAUUAAGUUUGAUAAAGAGUGAGAAAAGAGGUUAAUCCGUGCAACACUUACAUGAAAUGGGGCUUUAUUUUGGUAAUUUUCCCAGAAAUGUAGUUCCGACCCCGGCCGAAGACAGUGUUAUUUUACGAGCUCCGUGAACGUCUGCUCGACUCAAAACAGAUGACAGCGUUGACCAGAAAAAUCAAGGAAAAUUGACACUAAUACAACAGCGACUCUCGGGAUAUAAUUUGUAGAGUAUGAAUGUAGAGUACGUCGACAUUAUGACCAUUUGGAGACCGAGAGGUGUUGGCUUUCAGACACACAGGCGACCGUCGCGCUGCUAAAUCGUUGGUAAUGUAUUUUCCACAGCACACAGCGUCUGAUUGUGCUUGAUAAACGGAUGUGUCAGCAUCGGCGGACGGACCCCUCCGCGUUAUUGAGCAUGUAAACCGCUUGACAGCCGGUUAUCUCGGACCUUCGACGACGUGAAACGGCAAACUGUUCACCGGAGUUGCAGCCAUGGCUUCGGCGCUGAGUUUCUUCAGCGGUCCCGAGGUGCUGGAGGACGUGGAGCACGCUCGGGGUUUGAUACAAGAGCUGAAAUUUCUGUACGACUGCCGGCUGCUCGGGGACGUCACCAUCGGGGUCGAGUGUGAGGAGGAGUCGCUGGAGCCCGGCGGAGAGUCGGCCAGAGGUGACAUCGAUCAACUUUUCCUGUGUAGCCGCAACGUGCUGGCCGCCGCCAGCCCGUACUUCAAGAGCAUGUUCACCGGGGGGUUGAAUGAGAGCAUGCAGGAGAGAGUGGUCAUCCGAGGGGUGGACGCCGAGUCCAUGUCCGUCAUCAUCGACUAUUGUUACACGGGCAGGGUGACCAUCACGGAGGGCAACGUCCAGAGGCUGUACGCAGCGGCCAACAUGCUCCAGCUCGAGUACAUCAGGAAAGCCUGCUCUGGGUUCAUGUCAAGGAGGCUGGACCUCUCCAACUGCGUGGGCAUACUGAAGUUUGCGGACACCUAUGACAACCCUGAGCUGAAGGGGAACGCACAAGCUUUCAUUGCCAAGAACUUCAACCAGGUGUGUAACGGGGGAGAGCUGUGCGAGCUGGACCUGAAGCAGCUGAAGGAGUUGCUGUCCCUCAACACCCUGGACGUGGACUGUGAGAGGAAGGUGUGCGCGGCCGCCCUGCAGUGGAUAGAGGCCAACGCGCCGCAGAAAAGAGAGGAUGCCCUGCAGGCGCUGACCUGUGUACGCUGGAACCUGUUUGCCGAGAAGGACAAGUGUUACCUGGAGGGCCUCAUGGCGAGACCUCUGAUCGAGAAAUACCUCGCCUCUUUCUUCCACCGGUCGGCCGAGGACGGCUGCGGAAUGUCGGCGACUCUGGACGCGCCAAAGCACAGGAUAGGCGUGAGCGCAAAAGAGAUGAUCCUCUUCUUCGGCCUGCCCAACGAUAACAUAAUGUGCUGCGACCCUUACUCGGAGGACCUGUAUUUCAUGGCUCCGCCUUUACAGGACCUCAGCAGCCAGGAUUAUAAACGGUCCACCAUGGAGUCCUUAAUCGCCUGUGCUUCACCUGAAAACAACUUGUUCCUAGCCUCCCAUCUCUCCAAACACUUCUGGCUGUACAACCCGGUGCUCAACAGCUGGCAGGAGUUGGCAGAGAGACCGCUGGGGAGGAUACACUCUGGCAUGGGCUAUCUCAAUGGCCAUGUGUACCUUCUGGGUGGCAGAAAUCCAGUGACGGACGCCCGACUGAAGGAGGUCGAGUGUUACAGUGUCCAGCGGAACCAGUGGACGUUUGUGGCUCCUCUGCCUCAUUCUUUGGGUAAAAUGCAGGUGGUGGCACUAAAUGACCACUUGUACGUGGUGAAUAAAAGGAGGAUGCUCUGCUACGAUCCCAAGAGGAACCGCUGGCGCCACUGUGGCUCGCUGAGAAGGGACAAGCUUCACAAGGCCUGCGUGUUCCAGGACCAGAUCAUCUGCGUGUGUGACAUCCCCGUGGUGAAAGCCUACAGCCCCACCAGGGGGGAAUGGAAGAGGCUGGGUGACAUUCCCAUCGACAGCCGCGCUCUUAAUUACCAGGUGAUCCAGCACAACAACAAGCUGCUCCUCCUCACUCAGACGUUACUGCAGCACAACAAAAACAGGGUCCUUAUCCAUGAAUACGACCCAGCCAGGGACACAUGGAAGAAUGUAAUGGCUGUGUAUGUGUCCACCUUUGGGCCCGUGUACGUUUCUACGCGCGUCUACCCUGCAUGCCUGGGCUCCGCGCACAGCUUCUCUACAGAGGAGGACGACGACAGCGGCUCAAGUGCCGACUGGGACUUUGACGGUUUGACAGACGCAGACUCGGACUCUGGCAGCUCUAGCUCGUUCUCAGAUGAGAACUGGUGAUGGAAAUGUGUCAAUUGUGUCAAAGAAAAGUUUAACUUAUUUAUAAUUAAAUGGGUUUUUGCAGGGUUCUGCCUGCCAGGAGAGGAGGUCACAGAUCCACAUUCAAUUUAGUAUUAAAGCCAGUCAUUUACAGUGGAGGCUGUCACAAUCUGGCUUUAGUCUCUUUCCAUGGCAGACAUUUUGUCUCGCCAAAUCAGGGAAAGGCACAGGUGGAAUUAAUGAUGGCUGCAGUCCAUUUGGCUGAGCUACUUACAGGGCUCUGGUAAUGUCCGAGCUUCCUCACCUACGUGACUUACUGGGACAAGCAGACAGUGAAGCCAUCGUUAAUGUCAUUGGUCACACCUGUGCUUUUCCUUCUUUGACAAGUCAAAUUGUCUGCCUUGAAAGGGGCUCUCGUUUGAGACAUGAGGACUGUGUUCUUCCACUUUUAUCCUGUCCUGACAGUAUGAUGUUGGAGAGAUACCUUAUUACACCAUUACUCAAGACAAAUGUAUGAUUGAACCAUCUACGAACUAAAUUGUGACACCUCAGUGUAAUUUGGGGAACUGGUGAGAGGCAGAUUAACAAAGAUGAGAACUGAUGAUUUAAAUGCUUUAGACACACAGAAUCCUACACUUCCCAGAAUGCACUGGUUUCCAAACUGAGGAUUGAUGUCACAAGACCAGAGGGAAAAUGUGGAAUGAAACUUUGGCCCCCUGAGCACCAGACAAUUAGACUUCAAACACAGGUGUUCUUCACAAGAUAAUUAAUUGCUGGAACUGAGCCAUCUUUAAUGUUAUUGCUUCCAUCUGUGCUUUCCCUGCUGCAACAAGUUAAAAUGUCUGUUGGGAAAGAGAAUUUAAUUAAUAAGGCUAUCAAGAUCCAUGUAGAAAACAAAAUGACAUUUGGAAUACAAGAUUAAAGGACUUCUGGCAGCGUGGAAAAGAAAACAGGGGAUGCGCGUCUAGCAAACACAUUGAUCGAAGCCAAAAUGCGAAGAUGCCCAUUCUUGCUCUUGAGUUCACGGUCUAUAUACGCAGUAUUUUGUAAUCCUGGUCCUGAGCCCCAACACACCAGAUCGAAAUGAACUGGUUGUUAUCAGGCUUCAGCGGAAUUUAUUCAUGAGCUGAUCAUUUGAAUCCGUGCACACAAAGAGGUCAUACACACUGCUGGUGCUGCGAAACUACAGUACGAUGAGAAGAAGCCAAUGCACUGUACGCUCACUCAGGUUUAGGCUUCUGCCUGUAUGCCAUGAUUGAUGUUUGUUUUUGUUUUGAUGUAGUGAAAAAAAGUGGUUUUGGUGACAAAUGACAAAUUUUAUGAAAUUUAUUUUGAGUGUGUGUGUUUUCUUAUCAAAAUUUUUUUUGUAAUUUAACAUUUAUUUUACAAUUAGGAAUCAAAAUUCAAGUGUUUUAAGUAUUCUUUGGUCCUGAUGAAUUGUUUUAGGUGAAGGACAUUUUGUCUGCAUGUGUAUAUAUAAAAACAAAAAAAACCCACAAAAAACAGUUUGGAAGCCAUUGUCCUCCCCCCAGUUAAUGAGUGUAGCUCCUGCUGCUGUCUCUCUUUAUGAUGGAUAGAAGUGAAAUCUUAACUUGUGCGUGUGUGUGAGAAGGUGAGGAGUGAUUGGCUGUGCUAACACUCGUGAUCUGGAUUAUAAAGCUGUUUUGGUGUAUGUGUCAAAUAAACAUCUGCAACUGAUAUAGAGCA